CAACACCAUCACCACCAACACCAACGCCUUCAGUCCUACCGCCGCACCACGUCACCAAAAAUCAUCCUACCAGUGACAACAGCGGAAACAUACCUCAAUUAAUCACCACAGUCAUAACUAACACUAACUACUACUGUUGCUACUACUACUACUAUUAUUACUACUACUACUACUACUACUACUACUACUACUACUACUACUACAACAAACACAAAAAUGAUAGUUCGCAAAUCAUCAUCAUUUCUCUCCCUAACAUCACUAAGAUAAGACCAAUAGCACAUCACAACUGGUCAUCACCACCACCGCUAACACCACCACUGCCACUGCCACGAAUUACAAUAAGUAUACAUCGUUAUUUGUCAUCACUGUCACCAACACACUUACAGACGCACACACACAAUAUUGGGAGAAUCAAGUGCUGGUGGUAGUGGUGGUGGUGGUGGUGGUAUGUGAGUAAGAGAGUGAGUUAAUUCUAGGACAAUAAACGCUAAAGAGUCCUUGAUGAGUGACUGUACUUCCUCCUCCGUCCCUCCCUCCUACUCAGACCAAAAGGAUAAGAAAGUAACGCCUAAUGACAGUGCGCCAAAACCAAGGAACAAAGAAAGAUAGAGAAAAUAACAAGAAAGGAAAGAAAAAACAAAACAAUGAAAAGAAAAAAAGAUAAAAGUAAAAUGAAAGAAAAGAAAGUGUCAUUAUAGAAAAAUUAACUUGUUUCCGUAUGUGAAGUAUGUGGUAAAAACAAUAACAAUAAUAAUAACAACAGCAAUAAAAACUACUGCUAUUACUGCUGCUGCUACUACUACUACUGCUGCUACUACUACUACUACUACUACUACUACUACAUCAACUGACGUGAAAAAAUGCACAAGAAAACAAGAAAUGGCAACCCUUAAUGAUUCUUGACAAAAACUAAGUCACCACAGAGAGAGAGAGAGAGAGAGAGAGAGAGAGAAAGCAACACACUAUGCCUCUCUCAGCGUCCCUGCUCAUCGUCACCUUCCUCCUCUACCUCCUCCUCUUCUUCGCUCCUCCUAUCGCAGAGGCGAGUAGUGGUGGUAAGGCCGGACAGCUGGAGGUUGUGGAGGGAGGAGAGGUGAGAAUACCCUGCUCCAUCACGCCCCCGCCAACCAGCCCCAGCUCCGCCCACCGCUCCUCCCGCAUCGGCACUGUGAAUCUCGUGCUCUGGUAUAAAGGCGACGACAAGACCUCCAUAUACAGCUAUGACGGGCGCGACCCUCACAAUCCCAAACACUGGAGCAACAUAAAAGGCAGCAGCCAAAUAUCCUUCUCCCUCCCGCCCACACCGGCACCCCAAGACCGCCCACAUCUCGCGUUUCUCGAGCUCUCCAAUGUUCAAAGCUCCGACGAAGGCUUGUACAGCUGUCGUGUGGAUUACUACCGAGCCAGAGCUACUGAAACAAAGACUCAGCUCAUUGUUCUGGUGCCACCGUCGCAGCCGUUCUUGGAGGUGUGGGAGGGUGGGCGCUGGAGGACGCCUGCCCAGGAGACCUCCACCACGCAAGUUGAAAUUGGCGCGCACCUGACUCUUCGCUGCACAGUGAGGGGAGGACACCCAUUGCCGGAGGUCACGUGGUGGAGAGGCGGUGAACACCUGCUGGGGUCAGUGGAGGAGACAGAGGGCGUGGUACGAAGCGUGGUGGAGGUAAUGGUGGAGUCGACGGAUGCUCACACCCCCCUUGUCUGCCAGGCAGCGAAUACCCCCUUAGUGACGCCCCUUAGAACCCCUCUGCACCUGCUUGUCUUAUUGUCGCCGUCUUGGGUUCGUAUCGAGGGUGCCAAAAAGCCAAUGUCUGCGGGAAUGACCUACGCAGUGGAGUGUCGGUCUAAAGGCGCCCGUCCUCCGCCCGUUCUCACCUGGUCCGUGGGAGGAGAGACGCAGGUGCACGCCUCGUCUCAGACUGAUUCAGAAGGGAAGACGGUGAGCCGCCUGUGGUACACCCCGAACGCCUCCCAUGCUGGUUUUCUGACUUGCACUGCUCACCCACCUGAACACGCCGCCCACAACACGCCCACCUCGUGGAUGAAGAGCGACUCGGUGCUUCUCAAUAUUAUGUAUAAACCAAAGGUGGAGCUAAAUUUUCAACCUCUCGAGACCUCGCCAGAUGAAAAGCAAAGACGUCCUCCGCCCUUCUCCCCGUCCUCCUCCUCCUCCUCCUCCUCCAGUAAACAAGUGGAGAAGGGGGAUUCUCGCAUCACCGCUAAGAAGGGAGAAGAAAAUUUUAGCACAAUCAGGAGCCAAGAAGACGGAAGACAAGAAGUAAAUGGCAGUGAAGUAGGUGCAGAAAGCAAUACGAGACGGGAGGAAGAAGAGGAAACGGUUGCAGAGAACGGCAAUGAGAAGGAGGAGGAGGAGGAGGAGGAGGAGGAGGAAGGCAUGUACAGCUUGUCGGAAGGGGCGGGCGGAGUUCUGCAGUGCCACGUGAGAGCCAACCCUCCUGCCUUUCGCGUCAGCUGGCAUCGUGACGGAACGCCUCUAAGCCUGGAGACUGACAGCUCCGAGGACAUGGUGAUGGGCAACAUGAGCAUCGUGGUGCAGAAGGCCACCCCGGAGGAUGCUGGAGAUUACACCUGCACGGCUCACAACUCUGAGGGUUCUUCUCGCAGCAAUCCCAUCAAGCUGAGGGUCAAUCACGGCCCCACGUGCAAGCGGUCCACACCCUUAGUGCUCGGCGUGCCCCGCCACCACUCACUCAACGUCACGUGCCAGGUUUCGUCUUUCCCAUCUCCAUCAGGUUUUUCCUGGGCCUUGCGCACAUAUCUCGGCCGCUUGCAGGUUCCCCAGGACAGAAUCAACUGGCAGGGCACCACCUCCUGGAUAAUCUACACACCGCGGGCAACAGAGGACUAUGGGGAGCUUAUUUGCUGGGCCCACACCCGCAAAGGCCGCCGGCAGAAGGCUCCCUGUGUGGCCCGCUUGGUGCCCGCCGACACACCAGACGCCCCCGAGAGAUGCCGUGUCUCACGAAGGACACCAUCCUCCCUCACUGUAUCCUGCAUCGCCGCCCAUGACGGAGGGCUGCCUCAGACAUUCCACGCGUGGGUGUCCUUCGAAGGGCGGCGUGUAAAUAACGCAAGCAGUGCAACUUCCGAGGUGACAGUACCGGGACUGCAGCCUGCCACUGCAUACAGCCUCAUCCUGUGGUCUGCCAACACGUAUGGUAACAGCAUGAGGGUCAAGUUGCAGGCCUCCACCACACCCUCCAACGUGACUGUGUCUACCUCCAGUAGCAUGAACGGCCACUCCACGAAGGACACUACCAAGGAAGGUCCCUUCGACAGUUUGUACCCUUCCCUGGUGGCCGUGGUGGCUGUGGUCACGGUUGUGGGCAUAGUGGUAGGUGUGGUGGCAGGCUUGCUCAGCCGUCACAUUACCGUCCCGGUGCGACAUUCUGCUGACCAAGACGACGACGACGACUACCACGCUGCCCCUCCCCCCUCACCUGGCCGCCGCCUCAAGGUGCACCUGCGGCGCUCAGGCAAGGGGAAUGGCUCCCUAACGAAGCAGAUCCGUAAGCCAACAGCGCGCUACGAGUUCCUGGGGACGGCACCACGGAGGGAGCCUCAUGUGUAUGAUGACCCAGUGCCUUUACGACGGGAAAAGAAAGAUAAGGUCUAUGAGGAACUUCGAACAACGCCUGAGACAGAAUGUUCCACGCUCUCAGCGACAUCAUCCGAUCCUCCGGGCACGCUAAUCCCUCCCCAAUUCCUUCAGUGGCCCCUUCCGUACUGCCGACUCCUACGUAAUAAUGACUUCAAGGACGCCCCGAGGAAGCCAGUCAGGGUAGACCCGCCCAAACUGCCUGACAUGAGUGUAUGUGCAUCCCAGUCAUCUCCCGUCACCUCCACCCCACUAACUAACUCGGUCCCGCGCCCGGAUUUCCGCCUGAUCCUUGUCCCGGAGACCAGCAAAAUACUCAAGAAUGCCACGGAACAAGACACGAGACUCAAACAGCAUUUUAUAAAAGACAUUUCAUCCCCUUUCACCAGCAGCAAGUCUAAAUUUCCAGCCAUAACUGAGGAAGAGGAAAUCAAGCCAAGUGCCACCAAGACCAAGGAUGCCUCUUGUACUUUGAGGGACCCCUCAAAUUUGACUAAAAAUAAUAAAGGGGUUUCAAUUGAAGAGGAACUUUCAGGGGACCAGAGUAAAAGGAGAGCGCUAAUCCCCAAGGCCAUGGAUCAGGACGUCAACACAAAGCAGCUUUCACGCCUCCUACAUCCACCAGGAGCAACUGUGAGACUGAAUACCGUGAACAGCAUGAAAAUCACAUCUUGGGACCACCAUAAAGUGAAGGCAGUGCAGGAAAAAAAUAUAAAAGUGGACGAAAGCAUUGUUCUUCUCACUCAAAGAGGAUCUCAACCAAAAGUCGAGGAUGUAGCUGAUGAUAUCACUUGUAUCCCAGCCACCAACACAUCAAAACCUUUCCUUCAUAACGCCGACACGACCACAACCGACAAUUGCAGCGCCUUUACUCAAAAAGAAGCAGAACAUCAAGUUGCUAAAGUGGCUUGCCAAGAGGAAAAAUUCACGCCAGAUAUGAACACGGAGACGGAGAACGCUGCAACCUCGUUUCCUCUGCUUCUUGAUCACGGUGGAGACGAGGCAAGUAAACAUAACAGUGCGCAAAGAGACAAAACAUCAUACGUCUCCUUGACCGAUAAACUGCAUCCAGCAACAAAACAAAACAGUAGUAGCAGCAAUAGUAGCAACAGAUUGCACCAACACCACCCAUACAACACAAGUCUAGCGAGCAUCAAAAGAAGUUAUAGAUCGCCAAUAUCAGCACAGCUUGCAACAAUACUGGAUCCUAUGAUAAUCCCCGCGGAGGGCAGCGUCACCCCUCGCCUGUCAUCGGCCGGACAACGCAAGCCACGCAUCGGUCUCACUUCCCUGUUCAGUCUCACAGCAUCAUCAUCCUCCAAUUCAUCGUCGUCAUCCUCUUCCUUUUCCUCGUCCUCCUCGUCCUCCUCUUCCUAUAAGCGUGGUUUUAGGAGGUCUGCGAGGAGGACAGACCUGGCGAGCCCGUUCUGGAGGCCAAGAAGUGUUCCCACGACCUCUGGGCUCCAAAUGACCUCCCACUGUUACUUUCAGACCCCUAACGCAUCCUCCUCUUCCUCCUCCUCUCCUCCCUCCCCAAGGUCAUCUUCCUCCUUUUCAGGUGCUUCUUCCUCUUCCUCUUCUUGCUUCCCAUAUUCCUCCACGGCCUCAUCAUCUCCUCUCUCAUCUUUUUAUUCAUCUGAAAAUUCGUUGCCCAUCUCUACCUCACUCUCUCAGUCCUUUUCCUCCUUCCAGUUCCCAACCUCCUCAUCGUCCUUUUCCUCAUCUGCCACAUCCUCCUCAUCGUCCUCUUCUUCAUCUACCUCCUCCUCCUCGGCAGUAACGAAGUCCCCCUUUUCCUCCUUUCUCUCACCUUCCCUCACUUCUCACUCAGCUUCCUCCUUUCUCUCUCUCUCUUCCUGUUCCACCUCCCCGGAAUCAGGUUUUUCUGGACAAAUAACACCUACUUGAAAGAGGAGAGAGAGAGAGAGAGAGAGAGAGAGAGAGAGAGAGAGAGAGAGAGAGAGAGAAUUUUCUAUUGUAUUAAUCAAGGUCGUGAAUACCAAAACGUAACUCUAAUAAUACUAUGUCUCCGCACAAGAAAGGCUACAAGACCAGGUAAGGGUGUCUACCAGUUUUGACAAUUACCUCACUUAUUUAACCCUUUGACUGCUAUGGCCUCAACCCAAGCUUAAUGGCAGUAUAUGGUCUGGUGAAGAGGGUUUCUUUUAUGUAAGACGAGCACUACCCAAAAUAUGCAUAGAAAGGCCCAAUGAGAGUGCAACCCACUACAGAGAAGUCAAAAAGAAUCAUCCAGAAUUGAAGGAUAAGUUUCUUGAAUUAUCUCUUUUCAAAGAGUUCAAGUCAUAUAAAGGAAGAAACAAAUAUGCAGGGAGGGAGUACCACAGUUAACUAUAAAAAGGGACUGAGAAUACUAAUCAGCUUUUUGAUUAGAGAAGUGAAAAGAAUGGGGAUGCGAGAAAGUAGAAAGUUUUAAGUAUAAUUCUGAGAGACACCUCUGGCAUCAAGAGAAGUGAUGGACUGAUGAGUAGUCCAGUUUGCUGAUGCUUAUAAUUUUUGCUAAUUAAAAUAAUUACUCAAAUUUUAUAACAUCAGAGUAGUUAGUCAAGGGGUUAAUAAGAGUAAAAACGGGAAUGAGAGGCUUUUAAUAAAGACAGCAAUACACAAAACAGUACUAUUUUAUAUCACUACUAUUAAUGCAAUUAAUAUUGAAUUGUCAUUGUGAACAGUUUGUUAAGUUAUAUUAAAGUAUAACUAUGUACGUACUAAGACCGACCCUUAGUAAUUAAGUUUUUUUUAAAGUUUGUGCUAAGAAAGUAAGUAAUAAAAGUUUGUUACGCGUUUGUA